AUGAAUAACUAUAUCUCAAAAUUGUUGAAAGACAAAGUAAUUGAUAAACAACUAUAUUGGAGAAUUCAUUCAACAUCUUCUUCACUUGCUACUAUGUAUGGCCAACCUAAGGUCCUUAAACUUAACUACCCUCUUCUUAGACCAAUCAUUUCAUCAAUUGACUCAUAUAAUCACGAAUUAUCAAAAUACCUUGCCGAAAUAAUUAAAUCUAAUCGUACCUCUUCUCCUCCUUCAUAUAUCCGUGAUUCGUUUGAAUUUGUUAAGAAAAUAAUUAAAGUUAAUGAUAGUAAAGAUCAGGUAAUGAUAAGCUUCGACGUUGAUAGUCUGUACACCAACGUCCCGGUAAAUGAAGCAAUUAAUUUAACACUUGAUAUGUUGUAUAAAAGAUCAUCUUCACCACCUAUACCUUUUAACCGCUCUCGACUAAAACAAUUGCUAGAACUAGCUGUAAGUAAUACUCCGUUUCGUUUCUUACAAAAAACUUAUAUACAAUGCGACGGCGUUGCCAUGGGUUCACCACUGGGACCCAUAUUAGCAGAUAUAUUCGUUACUAAUUUAGAAACAAAAUUAAACAAAUUCUCAACAAAUAAACCUUCAUUAUGGAUACGAUAUGUCGAUGAUAUAUUCUGCUUAUUCACUAAAAAGCAAGACAUAGAUGAUUUUCUAGAAAGAAUCAAUAAAUGGCAUAAAAACAUCAGAUUCGCUAAAGAAGAAGAAAUUGAUGGAAAAUUAGCCUUCCUAGAUGUUCUUGUUAUUCGUGAUAAUACUACUAACAAAUACGUCACAACCGUUUAUAGGAAACCAACUAAUACUAACUUAUAUCUCUUAUACGAUAGUAAUCAAUGUCGGAAGUACAAACUAGGAUUAAUUCGUACUCUAGUAAUUCGUAUUUUACUCAUAUGUUCAACUAUUACUCACAAAGACAAUGAAUUAACACUAAUGAAACAUACCUUAAAAACAAAUGGUUAUCCAGAUCAUUUAAUAAGAAGAGGAAUAUGCGAAGGAGAAGUAAUCGUCAACAAGAUAAAUAAUAAGAAAAACAAUCAACAACAGAAAACUCAAACUAAACAAAAUAUUUACUUUACACUAACAUAUUACGGGUUAGAAUCAACGAUUUUAGCCCGUAGAAUCAAACAUAUUAUUCAGAAAUUCAUGCCACUUACGAAUAUUAAUAUCGCUUUUAAGAAAUCCUUUACAUUAAAGAACAUAUUCUUACCGAUUCAAAAAGGCAAAGACAAGACGACAAAAGAUAAAAAAUUAGUCUACAAAAUUCCAUGCAACAACUGCAAUAAAUAUUACAUCGGUGAAACUAACCGUGAUAAGCCCACAAGAAUGAAAGAACAUCAGAAAGAUAUUAAGAACUUAUCUGACUCAUCAAAUGUAGUAAAACACGCUAUAGAACAAAAACAUACAUUUAAAUUUGAUCAAGCGGAAACAUUAACCUUCGAAAGUAAAUGGAAUCGCAGAGUAAUAAAAGAAAGCUUAUACACGCACCAAUCAUUAGAUCAAUCAUUGAAUGAUGUAAAAUUCAAACUGAACGCAUUCGGAUGA